AAAUGGGAGUAAAGUCUUUUGAGCUGUGGCAGUAUAAACGCAAUAUGGAUUUUGCCUUUUUGAGUGAAGUUUUCCUCUUGAAAGUCAGCAAGGCCGAUAGAUUUUUCGAUAUAAUCUUCAUUUCUAUCAACAGUCUGUAAUGUGUAAAUAAAGAAAAGAGCAAAGCACUUAAUUCUUCGAUUUCUACUUCUUCUGGUGAAAUAGGGCGUGGAUUGAAAAGAACAGGUCUGAAAAGGGUACGAGUCUUACAAGGUGUGGCGUGAAAUAUAUUUGAAACAGAAUCAUACAUUUGCUGUAAAAUAAGGUAAGGGCUGCAAGAACCAAGUGGCGCACUCCCUCCAAAAAUUCCAACAAGAACCCCCCGGAAGUGCAAUGGUAACAGACUGAUGCGUGCACGAUGCGUGGAGAGAUAGUCUAUAACUGAUAAGGUGAUUGGCAUAAACAGGUGUGGGACAGCGAACUUUGCCGACUGAGCUAAGCUGAAUUUAGCCUUAGCUACUUGCGUGGGAGGUCUGUACCGCACGGAGUGGCUUUCUGUAUCUCUCGAGUGAAGAUAGCUAUGAGUUCGAUAAUGGUUUAUUACCAAUGCAACUUCUGCGGAACUCCUCCACGAGCAAGUUCCGUUAACGGCUCUGUAGCACCGCUACAAUCGAGUGUAUCUCUCGUACCGUUUUGUACAAACGGUUGUACAAAUGUGUCAGCAAAAGCACUGACAAAAACAAGCUUGGCGUCCGAGACGGGAAAUAUCACGAGGAAAGCUGUAACAUUCAAACAACAGGAGCAUCUCUCGUUUGGAAUUGACAGGAUCCUUUAUGGCUCUUCCAAAGCAGACCUGUUUGGUAAGCGUCUUAAUGUUACCCUCGCCACUCCCCGCAGUACAACAAGGCAAAUUACUCACUCCACACCCUGGUCCCGUCCGGUUUUCUCUGACCACCAGCGCAAGACUCUAGAGGACCGCUUUCAGCUUCAGCACUACUUGAACAAACGGGAGCGUUAUCACUUGUCUCUGUGUAUUGGACUUACAGAACAUCAAAUUAAGGUGUGGUUCCAAAACAGACGAGUCAAGUGGAGACAACGACAGAAGGCGAAAAAACAAAGCACAAAGCUGUCCCGUGGGGCACCCGGUGCGCAGAAACAUUGACUUUUGUUGCCAUAAGGAAAAAACAGACCCGCUCUUUCAAGAAGAGGAAUUGAGUAAGAAAGACGGAUUAAGAAAAAACGUGUGUUGUUUAACUGAUCAUACUGAUAAGUGCGCGAGGAAAAACUGCGCAUAAAGAAAAUGUACUUUUCUUAUCUUGGUGAUUGAUAUGAUUUUCUUACGUACUUUGAAAGUUUCUGUUUUACCAGUGGGAUAAUUAGUCAUCCUUUAGGGACAGAUCAUUAUUUUUUUGAGGGUGGGGGAGGUUGGGCAAUUUCCAAAACAAAUUUUGCACAGCAAAAACUGCUAAAAAAAUCGUACAAGAGAAGCCACGGGAAAAACAUCGAGCAAGUGCUUUCACCUAACCAGGUCCUCUGUUUGACUUUUGAAAAAUCCUUCCACAAGCUAUUGCCCACCAAAAUAAUCUUGCACAACCUAAAGUUGAGAAAAUUGAAUUUCAUUCCCCAGAAAAUUGCCCCAGCUCCCCCGCCCCCCGCUCUCAAACAGAUAAUUGUCCGCUCCUCAGUUAAGGGAGUCUUUCAUUUGUUCAUUCGUGACAAGCAAUUGACAGGUGCCGGAGUGUUUUCAUACUAUGCUAUGAUCAGAACUCCUCCCGUUAGUGUGCGACCAUUCAAAUAAAAAGCAUCGAGAAGCA